GGAUUUACAAGGAGAAGCCCAAGAGUUCGGCCUCCAAAAAUGAAGGUUCUGAUCCAUGCCAGCACGGCAAACGAGGCUAUAGAGAAGAUGAUGGGACAGAAGAAAAUUUCCACUAAAAUCAACUACGACAUCCUAAAGGAGCUGACCGUUAAGCCCAGCACCAGUCCAGCCCGCCAGAUAGCACAGUCCCCAAAAGGAGCCACCCCUGGAGCCCAGAGGCUGACUGGACAAUACCGCAAACCUACCAAUGUCACUCUGAGCCUGGGCACACCACUCAGCACCUUGGGAAAGAGGUUACGGCCCUUCAUAUCAGCACAACCCCAUAAGAAGCUGGCUCUGGACCAGGUAAGAUGAUACACCUGCUUCUGUCUCUUACACCCUACACUCACAACACACAAAACAGACUAUACCUUUCUGUCACUACCCAUGGUUUUCUGACUGAUUGCUGUGGACAACAUCACUGACUUAACCAAGCCUCUAGUCUCCCAUGAACCAGAUGGGGGAGAGUGAUUCUUCAGCAGCAGUCUCACUAAUGGGAGAGGAAUGUGGCCAUAUCCCGCUGGGUUGUUCACUUGCACUCAGGCGGUGUGGGCUGGAACAUACAGGAGGGAGCCUCUGUCUCACCCACCCUUCAUCCCUCUGCUGCUGUGUCCCGCUCUGUUCCCUUUCCAUCUUUCGCUCAUGUGGUUUUGGCAGCCAUUAAUGGAAUCUCCCAGUGCAGGCUACAGCAACCAGGAAGAAACAUUGCCACGAGCGGCCGGGGUCAACAAGGCUUGUUACUAAGCAACCCUUCACCACCCCCUGGGAACUGGUAUCAAAUGGCUUCUCUGAUUGGUUGGAGCCGGGUUUGCUUGGAAUUCAUGUUAUGUAAUGUUGUCUUUCAUGCCUGCAAGGAGCACGGGAGAGAGAGAAAGGAGAUGUGUGCUUUGCUGUUGCCUGGCAGUUUUUCUGUUUCUCUCUUUGUAUUACCUAAACAAAUGUCCUAGGAGUAAAACUGCGUGUUGAGUUACCCGGCACUGCUUUCGCCUGACAGUCUUGGCAAUAAAUGCCUGUUUAAACGUCAAGCUCAGAGAAGCUGGCAGGCUCCUGUGAGAAACCUCUCUUGGCAAUAGAAUAGAGACUCGUCUCAUUUCACUGUUCCAGGCUUUUAAAGCGGAGAGACCAAUCCAGUUCAUCCAGCCCUUCCCCCAGUGUAAGCUAUGGUAGAGAACCACUGACUCCACCACACUGUUAUGACUGACCUGAUUCCACCAAGGCCACCGAGUUCUCUCACCUUUAAAACUGUAUGGGGCCAAAAUAGUUUCAUCAGUUUUGUCUUCUCGUUAUCUCCCAAGAGGCUUUCAAGACUUCCUGCCUCUCCCAUAGCUCCUCCUCAACAGUCACAGACCCUUCCUCCCAUACAGUGGCCAGCCACCUACUAAUUAGUCUUCAGAAUAAUUUAUGUAUUUAUUUAUUUCCCCCUCAUUUUCAUAAUUAACGAGUCUUCCAGCUCCUAUUAUACAAAUACAUUUUCAUCACUGGGAGGCUGGGCUCAGCAGAGUGUCCAUUGAGGGGAGGGGUGGAGGUGGGAUGGUAGAAACAGUUCAGCAGGAGCUCAGACAUGCUGCUGCAGAGGGAGCCUAAAUGUCUCUUCAUCACACUGUGGAUUCCGCCACCUGCCUCACCCAUAGCCACCUGCAGUAGGGCUGGGAUGGGGGAUCAGGCUAGCCAAAACCUCUGUAUUGAGGCCCAGGUUGCAGAUAGCGUGCAGAAUCAGGUUACCAAGUCGGAACUGACUUGGUCGAUUCUUCCUAAUUGUUGAUGGAUUCUAGCACUACUGGGUCUCUGGACUGUUGUGCUACUGUAUCAGCCCUCCGACCCCUCUGUCCACAGACCUACACAUGACACAUGACUUGUAUGCUCUCAGGGAGGUUGGAGGUGAUGACGAGGGUCCGUUUCUCCUCAGGAUAUCUCCUUUAACUAGGAAAGAGGUUGUGGGUAGUAUUGUGCUGGAUCUAACAAAGAGACAUUAUGGUUAGUCUAUCUUCCUUCCUACAUUUCACAGGUCACUCAAGUAUAUGUUGCCCCCCCCCCCCCCCCCCCUCUAUCAUGGCCAAUUCUGUCUCUGUAUUCUUCACAUGAAAGUACACUACCUAAUGGUGAGAUGUGUUGGGAACAUUUGUCUCUCCCAGCUAAUAUGAGAACUCGUAUUAGUCCAAUCAGUGUUACAAUCACAGCUACUUAAGAACAAAUAAUGAAAAAUCUGUAUGGGAGUUUACUUCUCGAAAACAAAAUAUUGCAUUAAUGUUGCCUUGAAUAUGCCAAACCAUAUGGCGUAUGUUUUUCAGUUGAACUGGUAGCAUUUUUUAUAUAUUUUUCAACGCUGUUAUUCCUUGCAUUAUGUGGUAUGAUUUCUCAUGACAUUCUUUAUGGAGAAAUAUUCUACAAAAUGUUUUGAAGGGAUCAGGAAGUGUUAAUCAUUUGUACGUAGAACUGGCAAAUAUCUGAAUUAUUGUUGAUGAUGAACAAAGCAAUCUUAUGCAUUCCUAAUGAAUGACAUGAAUGCGUUCUGGGUUUAUUUUGUAAAUGAGCUUUUAUGGUUCUAUAUUUUUCAAUGUUGAUUGGGAGGAUUAAUGGUGAUUUGUUCAAUAUGUUCUCGAUGUACAACUGUAUUUAAGGAGGUGAGGAAAUUGCUCAUUUUCCCAGCCCCCUCUCUCCUUUUUGCUGCUACUGUACGUGUGUGAAAGUG